GCAGCCUUUAUAGAGGCUGCGAGCAACCUGCCCCGGGUCGACUCAACCCGACCGGGCAGCCGUGCCAAGCACAGCGGAGCUGAGAAGGGCAGACUCACCAGCCCGGGGCGUUGGCGGCACCAUGGAGAAAGAAUAUACAUAUGAAGAUUAUGAGAAUACUGCAAAAUGGCUUAUAAAACGCAUCAAUCGUCAACCUCUAGUAGCAGUGAUCUGUGGUUCUGGCCUAGGAGGGCUGACUGAUAAAUUAACAGAGACCCAGGUCUUUAACUACAGUGAUAUACCAAACUUUCCUCAAAGUACAGUACCAGGCCAUGCAGGUCGAUUGGUAUUUGGUCUCUUGAAUGGCAAAGCCUGUGUGAUGAUGCAGGGAAGAUUCCACAUGUACGAAGGCUAUUCACUCUCAAAGGUGACAUUUCCAGUGAGAGUUUUCAAACUUAUGAAUGUGGAAACUCUAGUAGUCACCAAUGCAGCUGGAGGUCUCAACCCCAAGUUUGAAGUCGGAGAUAUCAUGUUGAUCCGUGAUCAUAUAAACUUACCUGGUCUCUGUGGCCAGAAUCCUCUCAGAGGCCCCAAUGAGGAUAGGUUUGGGGUUCGUUUCCCUCCCAUGUCUGAUGCUUAUGACCGGAAUAUGAGGCAUAUAGCUCACAGUGUUUGGAACCAAAUGGGAGAGCAGCGAGAGCUUCAGGAAGGCACCUAUGUCAUGGUGGCUGGUCCCAACUUUGAGACUGUGGCAGAAUGUAGUCUGUUGCAAAAACUGGGAGCAGAUGCUGUUGGCAUGAGCACAGUACCAGAAGUUAUAGUUGCAAGACACUGUGGACUUCGAGUCUUCGGAUUUUCUCUUAUCACUAAUAAGGUCAUCACGAAUUAUGAAUCCUUGGAGAAGGCCAAUCACGAAGAAGUCCUAGAGGCUGGGAAACAAGCUGCACAGAAGUUGGAGCAGUUUAUCUCCAAUCUCAUGGCAAGCAUUCCACAAGUUAAGGCUUGAAGUAAGCCGAUGUCUCCUCCAUGACAUUCAAGUAUCUGCUAUCCAAGUAACUUUUAGCCCUUGUUGGGGUCAUGUGAUCCCUAGGUAGUGGCAGAAAGAAAAGGAUAAUCCCUUCUAUCUUUUUUCAGACCCUUCUAGUUCCAGGUUCACUUCUGGGAAAUCACCUUCUCAAAAAAUUUCCACCUCUGUUCCCACCACCACCACCACCAAGAACUGGAGCCCAGUCCCUCUAUCUCCACAUCUGUGGAUCUUCCCAGGCUUGGACUUGGGCAGUGAACUUACCACAGUAGUUGUUGUUAAUUUUUUUAGAUAUUGCUUUGACAUUCCUGGGGGCUCAGUUCUGUUCCCCUGCAGCACUGGAAACCACCAAAGACAAUCCAAUACCUCUUGAAAUUAAUUCCAUUGUAUAUUGAGAAUAAAGAGAAAAUACAAUCAUGUCUUCA